AACAUGUCAAAUGUAUUAUUUGGAACUUUUGCCCCUAAACCCGUAAUGUGUUUUAUACAAUUACCUGUAAGAUUUUGUUAAAAAUACCUAUUUAUUUGCCUUCUUUAAAUUGACAUAUAGGUAAUUAUUACGAUUCGUUUUGCGAUGUGUUAAUUUAUAAUGGAAUGUUUUGUCGUGAAGUGUCAAUAGUGCUGUCAACAUUGCGUGGUCGGUCAAUUGGUGCAAUACAAAGCUAUACUAUUCCAAAGAAAAAUACUUAGAAGGCGGCAUGUAAAUGCAUGAUGCAAACCACAGAAGCAAUUGCCGUCAUUACAUCAAGACAUGCGAUCAUCAUUGAAAUGCACGAUUGUGGAAACCCGACUCCCGAUAUAAAGUUCCCAUUAACCUGGCUCAAUAUUAUUGUGAAGUAUUCUUGAACUCUGGCCGCUCGUGUUCUGUCGAAGGCGCAAAAUGGCAGGGAGUACCUUACCUGAGCGUGUAGCACAAAUAUACUACACAUAUGGUUUGUUCUGUUCCUCAAAUCCCAUUGCAGUAAUAGGCUUUGCUCUCUCAAUUGUACUAUUUUGUUGUUACCCAUUACUAAAUGUACCCUUGCCAGGAAACAUACCAAUAGUUGUCAAUUUGCCAUUACUUGAUACCAUGGAAUUGAAUAAAGCAAAUUGCAACAGUAACUACUGUCCACCAAAAGAUUCAUCCUCAACAUUAGAACUACUGUUUAACGAGACUCAAAAACUACCAUAUGUUUGGGCAAAAGACAAACCCUUACUUUAUGUGCAACAAAUCAUACUCAAAAUAGGUGUAUCACCCUGGAAUAGCAACCUGCGUAUGUGGGAUGCAUUUAGAGCUCCCCUGCAAGAAGUAUUUCGGUUGCUAGAAACUAUAAAAAAUCAUGAGGAUCCUGAAACUAAAGGCAGCUUGUCCCAGUACUGCUACCAAAUAGGAGGCAUAAAACAGCGAAACUGUAAAGCAAGCUUAGAGCGGGUGCUGCCUGAAUACAGCUGCCUCUUACUCUCUCCCGCUAACUUGUGGCAGCAAAACCUGCAGACAUUCUCAAUGGAUGUCAAUGUUGUUAAUACCGUUCUCUCUUACCAAAACCUCCCAAAGAGCAAAGCGUCCAUAGCAGAGAUGGCAUUCGGCAUGCAGCUGCGGGACUGCGGCAUAAAGCGCUACCCGCUGCGCGCGCGCCCGCGCGUGCUGCAGUACGCCGUCACCGUGUUCUACCAGCGCCUCGAACCCAGGUUUUUAAAUUCGCUGACGAAAAAGUUGCGAGCAAUGUACCCCUUGUACCAAGAGCAGCCGUACACGCACUCGGAGGAGCUGACCCUGGUGUACUACCCGGGCCAGUUCAACUACCGCGAGCUGGUGCCGCUCAUGAUCACCUUCGUCGGGAUAUUCCUCUACGUAUACUUCUCCUUGAGGAAGAUCGAGUACAUACGGUCCAAGCUGGGACUGUCCGCGUGCGCGAUGGUCACCAUCGCCGGCAGCCUAUCUAUGUCUAUGGGAAUAUGCUUUUAUUUUGGCAUCUCGUUGAGCCUCCAAGGCAAAGAGAUCUUUCCUUACCUUGUGAUUAUCGUCGGACUAGAGAAUGUUCUCGUGCUGACCAAGAGCGUGACCUCCACGGACUCGAGGCUGGACGUCAAGAUCCGGCUCGCGCAAGGCCUGAGCAAGGAAGGCUGGUCCAUCACCAAAAAUCUACUUACAGAAAUAACCAUUUUGACUGUCAGCUUCUUUACUUUUGUUCCAUUCAUUCAAGAAUUUUCAAUAUUUAUGAUAAUCAGUUUAAUUUCCGAUUAUUUUGUUCAAAUGGUUUUCUUUGCAACCAUUCUUGGAAUCGACGUUCGGCGAAUGGAAUAUUUUCAAGAUCAAAAUAACAAAUUUCAUCUUAAAGAGUACUUUAACGCCAACAACGCUCUGAAUUGGCGGUUUGAAAAUACCUACUUGGACGAGAGCAGCAUGUCGCCUCUUAGAAUGACCAAGUCGAAAUCGCAUCCGAGGUUGAAUGGUUUGGCGCAAAACAGUCCGACGGAUGUUCUGGCGAAGCGCAAGUCUAGUCCGCAGGCGCAGGACCAGAAGGUGCCGAAGCGGAUCCGCCUGGUUAACAUGUGGGCGAGGACGCGGUUCUUCCAGCGCGCCUUCAUGGUGUGGAUGCUGGUAUGGAUAUCGAUGAUAGUCUACAAUUCGGGUGUAGUCGAUUAUUUUAUAACUAAUCUCGAAAAACCGGACCUCAAUAACGAGAUGGACAAAAAGAGUGACGAGAAUUUUCCGCAAAAGCAAUCGGUUGAUGUGUUUUAUGAUGACAGCAAUAGCAGCCCGAUUGUGUUUUCGCCGCUUUUGGAAAUGUCUGAUCCCGAUAAAAGCGUGGGGAACGCGAACGACACUAUACUACUGAAACAUUCGCCUCACUCCCGUCCGUGGUCGAGAGUGUCGGCGUACCACUGGUCGGCGAUCCUCGGGCAGUACAACGAGUCGCUGGCGGGGCGCGUGGUGGCGGUGCUGCCGCCCGUGCUGCUGUCGCAGCGCGUGUCGCCCGAGCGCGCAACCGCCGUGCGGCUGCCCGACGAGCGCGACCCGCCGCCGCUACGCUGGCAGGCGCUCGCCGCCGCGCUCGACCCGCUCGACACGCUGCCCGAGUUCGAGCUAACAGACGGCAAGAGUCAGCAAAAGCAGUGGCGUAAACCGACGGAGCUGCCGAUAUACCCAACCACCCCCAUGGAGAUCUUGCUGCUGGCCAUCCUAUGCACCAUCAGCGUCGCCGUCAUCGCCUAUAUGAUGGUCGUGCUCUACAGGUGCGUCUGUUCCCGCAACUAUGCAGAGUGGCGUGCUUCGUGGAACGAAGACGACGAAUAUCGGAAAAUCAUUGCGAAGCAGCCGGCGGUGCAGCUGGUGACGGAGGCGGUGCCGCUGGUGGUGGCGGGGCACAGCCAGGAGGUGGAGUGCCUGGUGACGGACGGGGAGCAGGUGGUCAGCUCCUGUCUGCAGGGUCACGUCAAGGUGUGGGACUCGCAGAACGGCGAGAUCCUCACCAACAUCGACCGCGGCGCAUUUUUUAAAUUACAAAAAGAACUUGCUGAAAAAGUGGCGAAGAAAAAUGAAUCUCUGAAUCCUACUCCAGCAUUCCAACAAACCGUUGCAGCAAAACAAAACGAGCCCGUCCUCUCGCUGCGCAAAGGUCUCAGCAACCACCUGAGCGGGCUGCGGUUCCGCGCCCCGCGCGACGCCGCAGCCCACCUCUCCCCCGCCGACACCACACGUUACGACUUCGCCAAAACAUACAGGGAACUGUAUUGCAGCGAUCAGCACGACGACAUUUACAAUUACGAAGCAAAAGAAAAUGUGGACAUUAACAAUUUAAGUAUAGACAGAGAUAGUUUAAGUGUAAAAAGUGCGAAAGAAAGUGACGAAAAUAGUUUUGUAUAUAAAAGUAAUGAGUCAGUGAGUGGUUUGCGUAACAGACACAAGGGUAAGUUAGUGAACGGUGGCGUGGAGUACACUUGGUGCGAGGCGGAGCGGGCCAGUGCGGGCUGGCGCGCGCGACCGGUGCGCGACUCGCCUAUAUGGUGCAUGGACUUUUGUAACAACCUCAUCAUAUUAGGAUGUGCGGAUGGAAGACUCGAGUUUUGGGAAGCUAGCUCGGGGAAGUUAAUGUGCUUGUGGUGGGGCCUGGAGCGCAGCGGCGGCGUGACACACGUGCGCGCGCUGGCGGGCGCGCGGCGAGUGGCGGCGGCGGCGCUCGGCGGCCACCUCGCGCUGCUGCGCCUGCACGCCUACAACGCCUGCUCGGGCGCGCAGGUCGACUGGCGGUUCAGUACGGCACACAGCCGCACUCACAAGCGGACGGGAUCGGCGGGGUCGCUGCGCGGCGCGGUCGGCGCGGACGACUACUCGAAGGCGAGGCUUACCUUCUCCUACGACUCCGACCUUGGCGAUGCAGACGAAAUAGUUGUUGAACGGAUGGCGCAGUGCCGACCGCACCAGCAGCCGAUCACCGAGAUGCACUCGGAAGGCGGGCGAAUCCUCACCGGCGGCCAGGAUCAUGUGCUCAAGGUAUUCAGCAGUGCAGAGCUGAGUCCGCUGUUCACGCUGCACGGGCACUGCGGGCCCAUCACGAGCUGUUUCAUCGACCACGCCACGCCCACCAUCGCCGGCAGCGGCUCGCAGGACGGUCUGCUCUGCGUUUGGGACCUGCACACUGGAGCGUGCUUGUACAGCAUGCAGGCGCACGACGGCGCGGUGACCUCGCUGGCCUACACGGCGUCCUACGUUGUGUCCAGCGGCGCCGACGAGCGCCUCUGCAUCUGGGACCGCUUCCAGGGACACAUGCUCAACUCCAUACACAUUGGCCUGAACUACAUGAGCCGCAUGCUGCCGCUCACACACACGCUGCUCCUGAUGGGCGACCGCAGCGGACUCGCGGCUUACGACCUCAGCACCGGUGACGUCAUACGGCGAGUGCUCUUAGGGCAAAAUGACGGGUGUAUAUUGGUGAGGCAGAUUCUACCUCUAAAGGACGCCAUUGUGUGCGACUACGCGACGCAGUUGCGCAUCGUGCGUUUCCCGCUCGUGUCGCGCCUCGAGGACCUGAAGAGCGACUGAACCACACACCACACACCUCUCCGACCACAAAAACACGCCCGAACCAUUUCCUUUAACGCUGCGUCAAGCGAUUGCCGCUUUUUUGUAGCCAAGUCAAACUACACAAACAUGAUCACAAUCGAUAAACAUUAUUUGCAAUUAUUUUUUUAGAUAUGGCAAUAAUGCAAUUCUAAGAAAGUGGACAGCGUCACAAAAAUUAUCGCGUGUUUCUGACGUAACGUCCAAGUCACAUGUAUCUUACAUGUUGUUGCAUUAUACAUGUAUUCCACAUGUUUAACGUACCUAUUUUAUUUUAUAUUUACAAUGUAUUCCUAGUUGUAACUGCGUCCGUCUCGAGCUUACAGGCCUGGAGGACAAAUGGAAAUAGUCACACCUAUUUAUUAGGUACCGCCUAUCUGUCUGUAUAAACCCAGUUUGAAACUAAUUGCAAAUAGAAUUUAAUUGAGACUCAUAGUAGAGGAGUCCACGGUGAUGCGCACUCGUGUAAAAUCCUUGAAAUACCUUCUUGGGCUCCUCUACCUGUACUGCCAUCACAACCACAAUUUAAACGACAGACUUUUAUAGUGUCUUACCAAAGUAAUGUAAGUUUUAAAAGUAGUUUAUGUGACUGCUACAUAAUGAAAGGCGUUAAAAUACGAGUACCUAUGGGUUUAAGAUACGAACCAAGUGAGUUUCUUAAAAGGACCACACGAGUGUUUUAAUGCCUAAUUAUGUACAGUUACAUACACUAUUUUAUCUACACAUAUUAUAAACUUUCUAUGAUAUAUUUAUUCACUAACCUCAUAUUACAGCCGACAUUGGGGCAUCGUUUCUCUCUGGCGAAACUCGCGGAUAUGAUGUGGCGUCUCCGAAAUGUCUUUAUGGCUCAGUUAGUAUAAAAACACCAAAACAAAUUAUUUUUUUACUUAAACUUUUUUCACGCAUGUCACGCCGUAGUUUUUUUAUUUAUUUCAGAGACAAACUAGAGUCGGGGGCCGAUUUCCGUAUUAGUUGAGUGUGCUCAGGCCAUAAAAAGGUCAAAUACAGUAACAGUAGUGCAAAGUUGGCACAGUGCAGUAGUUUGGCAGUAGGCUUUCUCUGAACUAAAUAUUUCCUUUGGCAGAAUUAAUCUAUGUGUUCCUAAGAUGUAUUUAAAAAGUAGAGCCACCCAGAUUUUUAAUUCAGGUGGGGGAUGGGGGGUUUUAGGCGUAGGCGACGUUUCAAGUUAAUAAUUGCUUAAGUUUAGGUUCUAAGUCAAGUUUAGUAUCAUUUUCAACUAAAUCAAAGAUGUAGACGUAGAUUUCAUCUAAAUCGGUUCAGCGGUUAUUGAUUCCUCAUAAAAUUCUACACCAUCCUUUUCAAUUAACGGAUUUUUUUGGGAUAAAAACUAUCCUAUGCUCUUCCCCGGGACUCAAACUAUCUCUAUACCAAAUUUUAUCUAAAUCGGUUCAGCGGUUAUUGAAUCCCUAUACAAAUUUCCACCUCCCUUUUAUUUAUUUAUUUAUUUAUUUUUCGGAGAACCAACAGCUGUCAAUUAUACAAUAGUUAUAUAAGUAAAUAACAAAAAGCCAAUUAUAGGUUCCCACCAAUAGCAACAAGUUAACACAUAAUUGGUGGUUAGCACUAAAAUUUUACAACAUAUUCAAAUAAUACUAAUUUCAAAAUGAGAAUACCUACUUAUUAAAUACCCACAAUUCAAUACUCUUAAUAUACUGAGCUAAGAAAACCAAAACUUAUUAAUAAAAUACAUCGAUCGAUACAAUAAUAUUAUUAUGAGUAUGCUAUCGCAUACGACUCGCUCACUUAAGUAAUUUGUUUGCCAGAAUCCGUCUUAUAGUUGUGAUGUUACUAUUAAAAACGUCAAUAUCACACUCUUUCGUUAGUUCAUUUAGACUUUUACCAGCUCGCAAUAGAAAGCUAUUCUUUCUGUAAUUACGUGAUGAAAAUGGAAUUGAGAGGGGAGGGCAGUAUCUUUUAGGUCUAGAUGGAGUAUUGAAGGAGACCCUUAUGAGAUGAUUUUUGGGAUAAAAACUAUCCUAUGUUCUUCCCUGGGACUCAAACUAUCUCUAUACCAAAUUUAAACUAAAUUGGUUCAGCGGUUUAAGGGUGAAGAGGAAUUUAAAAAAAAGUAUUUUUUCAUAUUUUUUGUGUUUUUACUUUGGAAUGGUGUCACUUUCAUAAGUUUCAUAUCAUAAAUGAAUUCGGCAUCCCUGAUUUAUACGAAAACGAUACCAAACUUGGCCUAGUAGCUUAACUGAUGUAGAUAUCAAGAAAAAGGCGAGAGAGAGAGACCCCCCAAAUUUACAUCAAAAAUCUUGGUGGCUCCACAUCUUAAAACCAUCCUUGGAUCCUAAGGACCAAUCCUGUCAAAGGAAAUCUUUUGUUCACGCAACGCCGUAUUUUAAUACCAGCCCACUCCACUAUAUCGUUCGAUACCAACUAACAUGCGAGAUUUGUCAAAAUUGUAUGCAAUUGACAAAUCGAAUUGCUUUUUUCUUUCAGAGAUGUUCUAAAUUUGAAUGUCAUUACCAAAUCGAUUUUGAUAUAAUAGGUAAUGAAGCAGUUACAACUUUAAAUUUGUUGUAACAAAACAGAUUAUCUUAUCUUAAUGUUGACCAUUAUUUAUGGAUUUAGAAGGCAUCAUAGAGGGUUUAUGAUAUGUGUGUAGAUAAAUGUAAUUAUUACCUGUAGGUAUGUAUUUAUGAAACUUCAAUCAGUAAUAAAAUGUUAAUUUGUCUAACAAUACCUUUAACUUAUUGUCAAUCAUUAUUUAAACAUUCAAUAUAUUUUUACUUCAAUAACUGCUAAGUAAGUUUAAUUUUAUCCACAUGUGAGGCAAAGUAAUCUGAUGCUAAUUUUGAGAUAAAAAAAAAAGAUAAAAGACAUUUAUUCGUGACGAUCACAACACAAGUACGAACAUGUACAGACAACAACAGCAAGAAAAGAAGAGAUCAUCAAGUGUGCAUCACGAAAUGGACCCAGCUCAGCAUAAUGCUAGCUAUAAAGCCAGCGCUGGUCUUCCGUAGGGCCCAUGUUUAUUCAUUCUAGAUAAAUAUUUAAUAACAUACAAUAGGA